GUAAUUUUAUCAACAUUGCAUCUGCUGCCACCCGACACUAUUCAAUAAAAUAUUUUAUAAAUAAAAAUGAAAAUAAGGCAAUAAAAUAUUUUUCAUUAAUUAAUAUAAACUGCAAUAUAAUUGUAUUCAGGAUACCAUUUAUUAACAAGAAGUGAAAGAUGAGGGAACUUCCUCGGAUAACCAGAGCUCUCAGAGCACAUACACAGUUGGAUAAGCCAAGAUGUCUGAAGCCGUCUUUGGAGUCCCAAAAUGUCCACACUUUCAAGCGAAGCGUUCAGAGAUUCAAAUCAUUCUCUGAUAUUUACAAUUAUAUAAAACAAAAUGAGUUAGUACCAGAAGAAACACUAGAUCUGCUGAAAAAACUAAAAGAAGCAUGUAAACAGAUGACUGGAGACACCAGUGAUGAAAUUAUAGAAGAUGCAGCUGUUAUGACCUUGAGAAUGUUCCUGGACCAAGAUAUUGUGAUGUUAAAACACCUUUCUCAACUAAGACAGACCUUUGGAAGUGUUCAAUCAUCCACAGCUAAUAAGAUUUGUGAGAUCGUAACACAAAUAUCUAAUAACAUCAAUGAAGAUACCAAGGAAUAUAUAAGAAAGGAAAAUAUAGAGGAGGAGAAAUAUCUUAAGCUGUGGGGUGAACAUAUUCAAUGCAAUUACAUCCCUUAUAAACCAGUAAAGAAAAAUCUACCAAAAUUGACAAACAAACCAGCUACCGACAGCUCAUUUGUUAAGGAUUUCUCUAUGAAAUAUGCAGCGGAUAAUCGAAACAAUAAUGUGGUACAGGCUGCUACACCACGUAAUGAAUCCAAAUUUGGCAAAGUUUGGUUAGAAACCAAAGUUGGUGAAUUAUAUGAAAACUCUGCUGGUAUGUCUAGUGCAGAUAUCCUACAAUCCAUUAUAACAUUCCUUAAUUCACCGCGAACAAAUGAUGAAAUGCAGAAUGAUCUAUUUGAGCUAUUGGGCUUUGACAAGUUUGAGUUCAUUCAAGAAAUUCUGGAACACCGGCAAGAUAUCACUGAUAGUUUGCGAGCUCCACCUCAACAGCCCAGCAUAGCAGAAAUUGCUGCACUUCUGCCUGAAAACAAAAUGCCUCAAUAUUUAUGUCAAGUAUCGGUACAAUCAGAGCAAGAGAAACUGUUGGCAAAACUAGUGAGAAAGGAAGAGAAGAAAGCAAAAAGUGCUAAAAAAGUUGAAGAUGAUGAUGAAGACCAGGAAAUAAAUGUUGCCCAGCUAAGAGCUAAGAGAUUAGCUGAGCUCACCAGACCGGUAGUACCAUUUUCCACAUCAAGGUCUGCAAAUAAUAUAGAUCCAGUGCUACAAAAGAUAUCAUAUUUUCAAACUAAAGUGCAGUAUCCCAAUGUAUAUGAUUCCUCUAUAAAUGCUAAAAAUUCUGCCGGUUUUGUAUCGGGAAUGAAAUUAAUCCUUCCCGAAAAUGCAGUACGUAAAGAUUACAAAGAAUAUGAAGAGGUCGUAAUUCCUAAAAAUGAACCUGCGCCUCUGGAAAUUGGUAACACACGUGUUCCUAUAUCCGCCAUGGAUGAAAUCGGUCAAAUGGCGUUUGAAAAUAUAAAAGAGUUAAAUAGAAUCCAAUCAGUGGUAUUCAACACGGCUUAUAAUACGAAUGAGAAUCUAUUAAUUUGCGCACCGACCGGCGCCGGGAAAACUAACAUAGCGCUACUUACUGUGGUGCAUCAAAUAAAACAACACAUCGAAAACAAUGUCAUUAUGAAGAACAAGUUUAAGAUAAUCUACAUAGCUCCAAUGAAGGCUCUAGCAUCAGAAAUGACGGCAAGUUUUGGCAAACGGCUGCAAGGGCUCGGUAUUUCCGUACGAGAACUGACUGGUGACAUGAAACUGACCAAAACUGAAGUGCAACAGACCCAAAUGAUUGUUACUACGCCAGAAAAGUGGGAUGUUGUUACUAGGAAGGGAGCAACGGAUACAGAACUAGCGUCCAUAGUAAAACUACUUAUCAUAGACGAAGUGCAUCUCCUGCACGGGGAUAGAGGGCCGAUAGUGGAAGCGAUUGUCGCCAGAACGCUGCGGCAAGUUGAGUCCACGCAGAACAUGAUAAGAAUUGUUGGCCUGUCCGCCACACUGCCUAAUUAUUUGGAUGUUGCUAGGUUCUUGCGAGUGAAUCCCAACAUUGGUCUAUUUUUCUUCGACUCCCGCUUCCGACCGGUACCAUUAGAGCAACAGUUUAUUGGAGUAAAAGAUAUUGGGAGCGGUGGAGGAUCACAUUUAAGACAGAUACAACAAAUGAACGAAAUAUGCUACGACAAAGCGGUGGACAUGGUGCAGAAGGGCCACCAGGUGAUGGUGUUCGUGCACGCGCGGAACGCGACGCACCAGACCGCUAUGGUGCUGAAGGAGUUGGCGCAGAAGAAGGGACACUUGAAGCACUUCGAGCCGGAGGACUCGGGUGGAUUCCUGAAGGCAAAAAAAUCAAUCGGCAGCAGUCCUAACAAGCAACUAGCAGAAUUAUUUGCGUGCGGGUUUGCGUGUCAUCACGCUGGUAUGUUGAGAAGUGAUAGGAAUAUGGUAGAAAAGUAUUUCUCGGAGGGCUACAUAAAAGUCCUUGUGUGUACAUCUACCCUUGCUUGGGGUGUCAACUUGCCGGCUCAUGCGGUAGUUAUAAGAGGUACAGAAAUAUACGACCAGAGUCAUGGUACAUUCGUGGACCUCAGUAUAUUGGACGUGUUGCAAAUAUUCGGCCGGGCGGGUCGGCCACAGUUCGACACUUCUGGAACGGGGAUAAUUAUCACAACGCACGAUAAACUGACGCACUACUUGAAGUCCAUGACGAAUCAGUUCCCGAUUGAGAGCAACUUUAUCAAUUUAUUGGCUGAUAAUUUGAAUGCUGAGGUAGCUCUAGGGACGGUAACAAAUAUCGACGAAGCUGUGGAAUGGCUCAGUUAUACCUAUUUGUUCGUGCGGAUGAGAAUCAAUCCACAGGUAUACGGUCUAACAUACAGCGACGUACAAGAAGAGCCAAUGCUAGAAACAAAACGCCGCGAGUUAAUAACGACUGCGGCCAUGUUAUUGGACAAGACUCACAUGUUGAGGUACAACGAGCGAACCGGGGAUCUUAAUAUCACAGAUCUGGGAAGAACGGCGAGUCACUAUUAUAUAACGUGUGAAACCAUGGAGGUGUUCAACUCUAUGGUCCGCAAGUCUAUGACGCAAGGUUACGUGCUGGAAAUGUUGACUAGGUGUUCUGACUUUCAACAGCUUAAAGUCCGGAAAGAAGAGUUAACAGAGCUUUGGAGUUUGAAGGACCAAUAUUGUGAGUUGCGUAUCGAAGACGCACCAGAGGACAUCCAUUGGAAGAUAAACAUUUUGUUGCAGACUUAUCUCUCUAGAGGGCGUGUGAACCAAUCCUCAUUACAGUCUGAUUUGAACUAUAUUAGUCAGAAUGCAGUACGUAUAAUUCGCGCGCUUUUCGAAAUAACGCUCAGAAAGAACAACGCAUACAUGGCCGGCUUGUAUUUGAAGAUGGCAAAAAUGUUAGAAUUGCAACAAUGGGACUUCUACAGUGAUAUGCGGCAGUUUAAUUGUUUCCCGAUGGAGGUGUUGAGGCAUAUUGAGUAUCCCAUGCUGAAGCCUGAUCAAAUAAGGGAUAUGGAUUGGAAGGAAGUUGGUGAUCUUUUGCGAAAUCCUAAAGCAGCUCGUCACCUUAAGAAAUGCGCUGAUGAGUUUCCACUGCUGGAAAUGGAAGCCAGCCUCCAUCCCAUAACACGAACGGUUUUGAGAAUACGACUCACCAUCACGCCUAACUUUAAAUGGAACGACAAAUAUCACGGCAAAGCGCCUGAAGCGUUUUGGAUAUGGGUCGAGGAUCCAGAGACUGACAUUAUGUAUUAUCAUGAAUAUUUCCUUAUCACUAAAAAACAGGUCAUCACAAAUGAACCGCAGGAACUAGUUAUCACGAUACCAAUAUCAGAACCUUUACCUCCGCAAUACUACAUUCGUGCAACUUCUGAAAGGUGGCUAGGAUCGGAGAGCGUUUUACCACUCACCUUCCAACAUUUAAUUCUACCAGAAACCCAUCCACCGCAUACAGAUCUGCUGGAACUACAACCGCUUCCAGUGACAGCUCUAAAUAACCCAUCAUACGAAAUGCUAUACAACUUCACCCACUUCAAUCCGAUACAAACGCAGAUUUUUCACUGUCUGUAUCACACGGAUAACAACGUACUAUUGGGCGCGCCAACUGGCUCCGGAAAAACUAUCGUCGCUGAAGUGGCCAUGUUUAGGGUGUUUAAUCAGUAUCCUGGAUGUAAAGUUGUAUACAUCGCUCCAUUGAAGGCGCUCGUCAAAGAAAGAAUAAAAGAUUGGAAAGUACGCCUACAAGAGCGCCUUGGAAAGAAUGUUGUUGAAUUGACAGGUGACGUGUCACCCGACAUUCGAGCUAUAAAGAGCUCCCAAGUGAUAGUAACGACGCCAGAGAAGUGGGACGGCAUAAGUCGUUCGUGGCAGACGAGAAACUACGUGCAGGAUGUUGCGUUGAUCGUUAUUGAUGAGAUUCAUCUGCUGGGUGAAGAUAGGGGACCGGUGCUGGAAGUCAUCGUGUCGAGAACGAAUUUCAUUGAAUCACAUACAUCAAGACGUUUGCGUAUCAUUGGUUUAUCGACUGCUCUAGCUAACGCCAAGGAUCUCGCCAACUGGCUCAAUAUAGGUGAAAUGGGUCUGUAUAACUUCAGACCUUCUGUGCGACCUGUGCCCUUGGAGGUGCACAUAUCGGGCCACCCCGGCCGGCACUACUGCCCGCGCAUGCUCUCUAUGAACAAGCCGACCUUCCAAGCGAUCCGCACGCACUCGCCCGCCGCGCCCGCGCUCGUGUUCGUGUCCAGCCGGCGGCAGACUCGGCUUACAGCGCUAGAUCUAAUAGCGUACUUAGCAGCAGAGGACAAUCCGAAACAGUGGCUGCACAUGCAGGAAAUGGAAAUGGAAUUGAUUCUAUCGAACAUUCGAGAUUCCAACCUCAAACUAACCCUUGCCUUCGGUAUUGGCAUACAUCACGCCGGUCUGCAUGAAAAAGACCGAACCACAGUCGAGGAGUUAUUCAUUAAUCAGAAAAUUCAGGUUCUAAUAUGCACGGCAACACUGGCUUGGGGCGUUAACUUCCCCGCGCAUCUGGUAGUCAUUAAGGGAACGGAAUAUUUCGACGGAAAGCAAAAGAGAUACGUCGAUAUGCCCAUAACUGAUGUGCUGCAAAUGAUGGGUAGAGCUGGAAGACCUCAGUACGAUAACGAAGGAGUAGCCGUGGUACUGGUUCAUGAUCAAAAGAAAAAUUUCUACAAGAAAUUCCUUUACGAACCGUUCCCGGUCGAGUCGAGUUUACUGCAAGUAUUAGCGGACCAUUUGAAUGCUGAGAUUGUAGCUGGUACUGUACAGUCAAAGCAGGAUAUCUUGGACUACCUAACUUGGACGUAUUUCUUCCGGCGACUACUCAAGAACCCCACAUACUACAAUCUGGAGAGCUUAGAGCCACAAGACAUAAACUACUAUUUGUCUAAUCUGGUGCAAACUUCGCUAGAUGCCCUGAUAAAUGCUAGCUGUGUAGAAAUUGAAGAGGACGAAAGAACGGUACAUUGCACGUGGAUGGGGCGCAUUGCGUCGUAUUAUUAUCUGUCCUACAAAACGAUGGCGCAUUUCACGGCCAAUCUGCACGGCGACCUGGAUUUCGACGCGUUACUGCGCAUAUUGUCGGAUUGCGAGGAAUACGCCACCCUGCCUGUUAGACAUAAUGAAGAUAUACUGAAUGGAGAAUUAUCGCAACAAUGCCGUCUGCCGGUAGACUCAUUGUCGCUAGACUCGUCCCACGUUAAAGCGUUCUUAUUGCUACAAGCACAUCUCACAAGGUUGCAGUUACCGAACACUGACUAUCUCACUGAUACCAAGUCGGUUUUGGAUCAAACCAUAAGAAUUAUUCAGGCGAUGAUAGAUACAUCCGCAGAGAACGGCUGGUUAUCCGUUUGUCUGUGUUGCCAGAUGCUCAUGCAAAGUAUAGUGCAGGCUCGCUGGCCGGCCGACUCGCCCUUGACCACUCUACCCCAUAUAGAAUCGCAACAUUUAUAUAUGUUUUCCAGUAUGACCAAAGAUAUGAAUAAACCUUGCAACACUUUGAAUGGGUUGAAGGUCACUUGUAUGAGGAACUACGAAGUGCUGGCCAAGUACUUGAGGCGGGAGUUCGAGGAGGGACAAAUUGAACAGAUUUACAAGGUGAUAACAGAUCUACCGACCCUCGACAUCAAGUUCCACGUCCGUGGUGUCUGGUUCGAGAGUGACUGCGAGCAAGAUAAGCGGAUCCAGCAGCCGCAACGUAAGGACCAAUGGACCCCGUUACAUGCUGAUCAGGAAUACACAAUUCUAUUAGAAAUGCAGCGUCGCGGUGGUAGUUCGAACAACGUGAUAUGUCCACGGUUCCCGCGCUCAAAGAACGAGGGCUGGUUCAUUACCCUCGGGACCAUAGAGUAUGGGGAACUGCAUGCGCUGAAACGAGCUCCCGCUAAAGGGAAUACUCAGAUAACCUUUUAUACUCCGUCGAGAACUGGUCGGAUAAUUUAUACGAUAUAUAUAAUGAGCGACAGCUAUAUGGGGCUUGACCAACAGUACGAUCUUCAGUUUGAAAUUAUCGAUCCUCUGCCGGAAGAGACAGUAGACAAAGUAUAUGAUACUAUUGAUAAAGUUCUACUUGAGUGAUUUUGUACUUUAUAUUAAAUAAAUAAAAUGUUGAUAUACU